CCCGUGGGGCCCCUGCCCCGGCCCAGCUCCUACCGGCCGCUGCGCUUCAAGGGGGGCCGCGCCAUCCCCUUCGCUGCCCGGCCCAUGACCCAGCUGGAGUACGAGCUGCUGCACCGCACGCUGGCGGAGGCGAUGGAGCCGCUCUACCAGCUGCUGCGCAACUCCACCGGCUUCUGGUACCACAACUGCUCCCAGCGCUGCCUGACCUUCACGGACAUCGCGCCGCGGGGGCUGGCGCCGGGCGAGCGCCGCAGCUGGCUGGUGCUGCAGCGCUUCGUGGAGGGCUUCUUCCUGCACCCGGUGGGGCUGGAGGUGCUGGUGGACCACCGGGACCCCGACCCACGGCGCUGGGCGGUGCAGCAGCUCUGGUACAACGGGCACUACUUCUCCAGCCCGCAGGAGCUGGCCGAGACCCCGACCCACGGCGCUGGGCGCCCGCAGGAGCUGGCAGAGGCGAGGGACGAGCCCCGCGGGCACUUCGCCACCGGCACCCCCACCGAGGUGCACGGGGCUAAAGUGUGUGAGCCCCAGGGCCGGCGGUACCGGCUGCGGGGCAACCAACUGGAGUAUGGGGGCUGGAGCCUGGCCUUCCGCCUGCGCUCCUCCGCCGGCCUCCAGCUCUUCGACCUGCGCUUCAACGGGGAGCGCCUGGCCUACGAGGUGAGCGUGCAGGAGGCCAUCGCCUUCUACGGGGGCCACACGCCGGCCGCCAUGCAGACCAAGUACAUGGACGCCGGCUGGGGCAUGGGCUCCGUCACCUACGAGCUGGCCCGCGGCAUCGACUGCCCCGAGGCGCCCGCCACCCCCCUCUACGAUGCCGACGGGCCGGUGCGCUUCUCCAGCGCCAUCUGUGUCUUCGAGCUGCCCACCGGUGUCCCGCUCCGCCGCCACUUCGACAGCGACUUCCAAGGGGGUUUCCACUUCUACGCCGGCCUGGAGGGGCAGGCGCUGGUCCUGCGCACCACCUCCACCGUCUACAACUACGACUACAUCUGGGACUUCCUCCUCUACCCCAACGGUGUGAUGGAGGCCAAGGUCCAUGCCACCGGCUUCAUCCACGCCACCUUCUACACGCCGCAGGGCCAGCGCUACGGCAGCCGUGUCCCCAGCCACCUCCCGGGCAACCUCCACACCCACCUGGUGCACUACAAGGUGGACCUGGACAUCGCAGGCACCGGCAACAGCUUCGAGACGGUGGACGUGCGCUUCGAGAACAUCUCCAACCCCUGGAGCCCGGGCGCCCGCGUGGUGCAGCCCUGGCUGCACCGGCAGCCCCGCCGCAGUGAGCGCCAGGCUGCCUUCCCCUUCGGCAAGGCGCUGCCCCGCUACCUGCUCUUCUACAACCCGAACCGGCACAACCGCUGGGGCCACCCGCGCAGCUACCGCAUCCAGCACAGCUCCCACGCCGGGCGGGUGCUGCCGCGCGGCUGGCAGGAGGAGAAGGGCGUCUCCUGGGGCAGGUGGGGCGGGGGCUCCCUGCAGCAUGACGACGCGGCUCCUGCCGGCCCCGGUGGGCUCCGGCAGGGCCAGCCCCACUGUCUGCGUGCCGAGCCCCGAGCGUUGCCCAGCCACCACGUUCACGGCGCGGGGACCUUCCCCUGGAGGCACCUCGUGCCCUCAGCUCCCUGUCCCCACCCCGGCAGCCCCUCUGCAGGCUGA